AACGUAAGUAAAAAGUGUGAGAUGAAUGAUGAAGGGGACCUUCUGAAGGAGGAUGCAAAAGAUGAAGGUAAUGAGACUAAAGCCAGAAGGAUGAGCAAAUUAAGAAAGACAAGAAAGAAAGUCACUAAACUACAUAUUUUUUCAACUGAAAUAGGAGAAACGGAUAUUUCCAACUCAAAAGAAAAGAUUAGAAAUCAAAUGGUGGGCCACAAACUGGGAGAUACAAACAAACCAGUCAUGGCAUCUGGCUCUGCUGAAUCUCAUUUGCCACAAGAUGACAAGGACUCCAAAGAUCAGAAAAUAGUGAUAAAGCCAUUGCCCCUCAAAACAUCAGCCAGUACUCCUGGUGGUGAAUUUCACCCAAACUCCAGCUAUAAUACUGAUAACACCAGGGACAGCAUGCAAAUUCCUACUGCACCCCAGCUUUCUUCUAGAAUGAAGCAUAUUAAACAAGAGAUGGCCAAAAAUCACCUUCAGUUUGUACGAUUUGAAGCUACAGACCUCCAUGGUGUGUCCAGGUCUAAAAGUAUCCCUGCACACUUUUUUCAAGAAAAAGUGAUCCAUGGGGUUUAUAUGCCCCGAGGUUAUCUUGAGUUGAUACCAAAUCCUAAGGACAAUGAAGUGGAUCACAUAAGAGCAACGUGUUUUAAUAGUGACAUAGUCCUGAUGCCAGAGCUUUCGACCUUCAGAGUUUUGCCCUGGGCUGAGAGGACUGCGAGGGUGAUCUGUGACACAUUCACUGUGACCGGGGAGCCGCUGUUGACCUCCCCACGGCACAUCGCCAAGAGGCAGCUGAGCCAGCUGCAGGACUCUGGCUUCUCCCUGCUCUCUGCCUUCAUCUAUGAUUUUUGCAUUUUUGGUGUGCCUGAAAUUAUCAAUUCAAAGACCAUAUCUCUACCUGCAUCAGCACUGCUAAAUAAUCAUGACCAGCCCUUCAUCCAAGAACUUGUGGAUGGUUUGUAUCACACCGGGGCCAAUGUUGAAAGCUUUUCUUCCUCUACCAGGCCUGGCCAGAUGGAAAUAUGUUUUCUGCCUGAAUUUGGCAUCAGUUCAGCUGAUAAUGCAUUUACCCUCAGAACAGGUGUGAAAGAAGUGGCAAGGAAAUACAAUUACAUCGCCAGUUUUUUCAUCGAGACUGGAGUGUGCAAUUCGGGAAUUUUGUCACAUAGCCUUUGGGAUGUCGAUGGGAAGAAAAACAUGUUCUGCAGCAGUUCUGGAAUGGGGGAGCUCACGAUCAUGGGGAAAAAAUGGUUGGCGGGACUCCUGAAGCACUCCGCUGCUCUCAGCUGCCUGAUGGCUCCCGCUGUCAGCUGCCGGAAGCGCUAUUCCAAGGAGAGUAAAGACCUGAAGGAGAGUGUGCCUACCACAUGGGGGUACAAUGAUAACAGCUGUGCUUUUAAUAUCAAGUGUCAUGGUGAGAAAGGCACCAGGAUAGAAAAUAAACUGGGUUCAGCCACGGCAAAUCCUUACCUGGUGCUGGCUGCUACUGUUGCUGCAGGCUUGGAUGGACUUCAAAGCUAUGAUGGCGUUUGGGCUGGGCCAGAUGACAGCACAGACCUCCAUGAAUCUGCUCCUGAGAUCCCUUUGAAACUAGAAGAUGCCCUGGUGGCACUAGAGGAAGAUCAAUGUCUGAGACAGGCUCUAGGAGAAACUUUUAUUCGAUAUUUUGUUGCCAUGAAGAAAUAUGAGUUGGAAAAUGAAGAAACAGAUGCUGAGAGAAAUAAAUUCUUAGAGUAUUUUAUUUAGAGUGGAAUCCUUAACUAUUCCUUUAGCGAUGUGUUUUUACUUAAGUAGCUGAUAUGCCGAAAAGAAAAGAUUGGAUUUUUGUAACAACGUCAAGAAUACAAAUGCUUUUUCUUUUUUCUUUUUCUUUUCUUUUUUUUUUUUUUUUUUUGUCCCCAUGGAAUAUCUGACAGAUGAAGUCAGGCUGCUGAGAGGAUUAUGAUAACAGAAGGAAACAAUAAAGUUGUGGUGCAGCUGUGAUGUGCAAAACCA